GGAUGCCGUGAUUUCCUCCUCCUCCUCCUCUGCGCCGCCCCCGCCGUCCGGAGCGCGAGCUCCAACCAUUAUCCCGCGCGCUGAGGAUGAGGAUGAGGAGGAUGCUCUCAGUCUCCGGGUGAACUGAACCCUCGCUGGCCGCUCCUGCAGCGCGGCUGCGCCCCUCGUGCGCUGCGGUUCUCCUCUGGAAGAGCGGGAUCGGUGGAAUAAUGGAUGUUCUCUGCUUGCUGUGGAUCCUGCCGUCGGUGUGGGCUGCAGAGGAGGUGCUGAUGGAUUCAACAACAGCUACAGCAGAACUGGGUUGGAUCAUCUACCCGUCGCAAGGGUGGGAAGAAGUUAGUGGCUAUGAUGAAAACAUGAGCACCAUUCGCACCUACCAAGUAUGCAACGUCUUCGACAACAGCCAGAACAACUGGAUUCGCACCAAGUACAUCCGGAGACGUGGCGCUCAGAGGAUCCAUGUCCUGAUGAAGUUUUCAGUGCGGGACUGCAGCUCCAUACCCAAUGUCCCCGGCUCCUGUAAGGAGACCUUCAACCUUUAUUACUAUGAGUCUGACUCUGACGUGGCAACUAAAACUUUCCCUCCAUGGAUGGAGAACCCCUGGGUGAAGGUGGACACUAUAGCAGCUGAUGAAAGCUUUUCUCACGUUGACCUUGGUGGACGCAUAAUGAAAAUUAAUAGUGAAGUUCGCAGUUUUGGUCCUGUUUCACGUAGUGGGUUCUACCUUGCUUUCCAGGAUUAUGGAGCUUGCAUGUCACUCAUUGCUGUCCGAGUCUUCUACAGAAAAUGCCCAAGUGUUGUACGUAAUGGAGCUGUUUUUCCUGAAACUUUGUCGGGAGCAGAAAGCACCUCUUUGGUAGCAGCUAGAGGAGUUUGUAUUCCCAACGGGGAGGAGGUGGAUGUACCCAUCAAGUUGUAUUGUAAUGGGGAUGGAGAGUGGAUGGUUCCUAUUGGACGCUGCAUGUGCAAAGCUGGAUAUGAGGCUCUGGAAAACGGCACUAUCUGCAAAGCAUGUUUGUCAGGUUUUUUCAAAUCUGCCCAGGGAGACGACCGAUGUCGGCAGUGCCCCAUCAACAGUCGAACAAUUCAUGAAGGAGCCACUAACUGUGUUUGCCGGAAUGGCUACUACCGUACGGACUCUGAUCCUCCCCAGAUGCCGUGUACUACCAUUCCAUCAACUCCACAAAAUGUCAUCUCGAUAGUAAAUGAGACUUCUUUAAGACUAGAGUGGAACCCACCACAGGAAAGUGGUGGCCGAGAUGACGUGGUCUACAACAUCAUAUGCAAGAGCUGUGGGAGUGGGCGUGGACUCUGCACCCGCUGUGGAGACAACGUCCAGUUUGUUCCACGCCAGCUCGGACUGACCGACACCCAAGUCUACAUCAGCGACCUUCUGGCUCACACGCAAUACACCUUUGAAAUACAAGCUGUCAAUGGAGUGUCUGACCAAAGCCCGUAUUCACCACAGUACACAUCUGUCAACAUCACCACUAAUCAGGCUGCACCAUCAGCAGUGUCCAUCAUCCAUCAGGUUAGCAGGACGCCGAACACCAUCACUCUGUCCUGGUCCCAGCCUGACCAGCCCAAUGGGGUCAUCUUGGACUAUGAGCUGCAGUACUAUGAAAAGAACCAGGCUGAAUGGAACUCCUCUCUAAUUAGGAGUCAGACUAAUACAGCAAUCGUACGAAAUCUUAAGCCUGGGAGCAUCUACGUCUUCCAAGUUCGAGCUCGGACUGUCGCUGGAUUUGGACGCUUCAGUGGCAAGAUGUACUUCCAAACCAUGACUGAUGAGGAAUAUAACUCCACUCUCCAAGAGAAGCUUCCCCUCAUCAUUGGCUCCUCUGCAGCAGGAGUCGUCUUCAUCAUCGCCAUCACUGUUGUCAUAACAGUUUGUCGCAGCAGGAGGAAUUCUGACAGACCAGAAUCUGAGUAUGCAGACAAGCUCCAGCAUUACACCAGUGGCCACAUGUCACCAGGAAUGAAGAUCUACAUUGAUCCCUUCACGUAUGAAGAUCCCAAUGAAGCAGUCAGAGAGUUUGCAAAGGAGAUUGACAUUUCCUGUGUCAAGAUAGAGCAAGUGAUUGGUGCAGGUAAAGAAAUAUUUUGUUUAAGAUGAGGAACUGAACGUUGUUUAGAAAGUUGUCAAAAAUCAAAUUUCAAUGCAAAUUUUGAUUAGAAAUAACAAAAAUGAUCAAAGCAGCCGAUACCUUCUUGUUUUCAGAGAAUAGUUCAAAUUUCUCUCAAAGGUCUGAACACAUACUGGUGCUCCAGGAAAAAAAGCUUUAGAAAUGUCCAUCAGUGUGAGGACCUUUAGUACUGUCAGAUUUAUUUUUUUCUUUUUAGGGUGGUGGUGGUGGUGGUGGUGGUGGUGUGUGUGUGUGGGGGGGGGGUAUCAUCCCAUCUGUAUUAUUUAUUUGGUUUUCUGUUCUGGAUCUUUCCCUCUGCCAUGCGAACGCCAGAUUAAACUGUACCAGUAAUCCAGUUUACUUAGUUAGGUCUCAGUGAGUUUGACUUAAC